AUGACCAUCUCAAUGUCUAACCAGUCUGUGGUCACUGAGUUUAUCCUCCUCGGUUUUCCAGGUCUACAGCCAAAUUUCUUUCUUCCAGUCUCACUUACAAUGUUUGUUGCCUACAUCGUUUCACUGAUUGCAAAUAGCACAGUCAUUACAAUAAUUAUCCUGAGAGAACAACUUCACCACCCCAUGUAUAUUAUUAUUGCUAACCUCGCUCUCUCUGACCUUCUCUUUGACACAAUAACAUUACCUAAAAUCAUUGCCAAAUAUUGGUUUGGAGCAGGGUCUAUAUCAUUCAACUGGUGCUUCUUCCAGCUCUUCUGUAUCCAUACCCUUGCAAGUCUUGACUCCUUCAUCAUUAUGCUGAUGGCUAUUGAUCGUUAUGUUGCUAUCUGCAAACCUCUCAGGUAUCACUCCAUUAUCAGCAAUAGGCUGGCGACUCUGCUCUGCUGCAAAUUCUGGCUCUUUGCUGCCCUAAUUGGAUUAGCUAUGACUUUAAAUGCUGGACAACUUCAUUACUGUGGACCUAACCGUGUCAAGAACUGUUUCUGUGCCAACCCAGCUGUAAUAGUUUUGUCGUGUGUUGAUAUUACCUUGGAAAGAAGAAUAGGUUUUAUAAUUAACAUGUGUGUGUUCCUCUUCCCAUUGACUGUUAUUAUUCUCUCAUACAUUCCCAUAAUCAGGGUUGUGCACUUAGCAGCCAACAAUGAGACCUGGCAGAAGGCAUUUUAUACCUGUACCACCCAUUUAAUUGUCAUUUGUUUGUACUUCAUCCCUAGGUUGUUUUUGAACAGUACCAGUCAGAUCCCUUUGACUCUCAAUGCUGAUACAAACACCUUAAUUGUUUCUAUCUUCACAUUUAUUCCUCAUUUAGCCAACCCCAUUAUUUUUUGUCUUCGGACCAAAGAGAUCAGAAAUAUUUUGGGGCAAAGGUUCAGUGGCAUUUUCCAUAGGGCUGAGCACAAAUCUGAAACACCAUUAUUUUUAAGGGUCAUUAAGUUCUGA